AUGGUGGCCGUGGUGCAGCUCCCUUCCUCCUCUCCCUUUGAUGCGGACAUGAGCCGCCAGUCCAGCAGCCUGGAGCUGCGCAGCUCCUUCCACAACCUGUCUUGCCGCAUGUCCAGCCGCCUGCUGUCCGCCAUGUCCCACGCCCCUCCCAGCGAGAGCGGCCCCCAGGGCACCGUGCGCCCUCUCACCGUGGUCAACGACCCCGCCGCCUGGAAGGCCUGCGACUGGGCCGGGCGCGAGCAUGAGGCGGUUGUGCAGCUGGACGGCGCUGACGUGGCGCAGCUGAAGGAGGCGGUGGCGGCCUUCAUGGCCUCUGGCCGCCCCCUGUCCGCCCUCAAGCGCCCCGCCGACUUCCCGCUGUCGGGCGGGCUGGCCGACAAGCUGGCCGGCGCACGGCGCGACCUGCUGCGCGGCCGCGGCUUUGCGCUGCUGCGCGGCGUGCCGGUGGGGGAGUGGAGCGAGGCGGAGAGCGUGGCGGGCUACAUGGGCCUGGGCGUGCACGUGGGGCGGCCCCAGCCCCAGAGCAAGGACGGCAAGCUGAUCAACCACGUCAAGAUGCACUACGCACCCGCCGGCGCCCCCGCCUCCACCCUGCCCCAGCGCGAGCACGCGCACAACCUGGAGUUUGGGGUGCACACCGACGCGCAGGCCGACGUGCUGGGCCUGCUGUGCAUCAACCAGGCCAAGGAGGGCGGCGUCAGCAGCUUCUCCUCCACCCUGGCCGUGCACAACGAGCUGCUGCGCCGCGGCCGCAAGGACAUCGUGCGCUGCCUGGCCAGUGGCGGCUGGUACCGCGACCGCAGCCGCUACCAGGACGUGCGCCCCGGCGACAGCCCCGUGUGGGAGAUGCCCGUCUUCUCCUACCACAAGGGCUACCUCACCACCCACUACAACAGCUCCCACUACCAGCUGUGUGCGCGGCGCUACCCGGAGCAGGCGGGCCCGCUGUCCGCCCUGCAGCUGGAGGCGCUGGCGCUGUUUGAGGAGAUCGGCAGCCAUCCCGACUUCGCCAUCAGCUACCGCCUGCAGCCCGGCGACAUCAUCCUGCUCCACAACUCCUCCGCCCUCCACGCCCGCUCCGCCUUCAAGGACGGCGACGCGCCGCACGAGCGCCGCCACCUGGUGCGCCUGUGGCUCAGCUGCGACGACGACCGCCCGCAGCCCGCGCACCUCGACUUCCCCCGCUCCCACACCGAGGGCUACGACCGCGAUGCCUACCAGGGCCUGAUGAAGCCGGCGCCCUCCCAGUUCCACGUGCCCCUCAGCCAGGAGGCCGACGACCUGUGA